AUGAAGAAAAACGCGCAAGUAAUAAUUUUCUUCCUCUUCGGAUUGCUGAGCUGUACAUGCGGAGCUGAGGGAAACGUCUCCCCCCCCAACAAUAAUGACAACAGGAUAAACGGAAACAAUGGAAAUAAAGGAAACGGAAAUGACAACAAUGUGCCUAUAUUCAUUGGGGGAAACAACAACAACGUGAAUGACAAUGAUGAUAACAUUUCUAAUAAGAAUGGAAAGGAUGUCCCCCGAAAUGACGGUAAUGACAAGAAGAACGAAAAUGGCAGCGAUUCAAAUGAUAAGAACUCCAUAGAAAAUGCAGACAAUGGUAGCGGCAAAUCUGAUGAGAAUAGCAACCAAAAUGAUGAAAAUGGAAAUAAAGUAGAUGAAGCAUCUUUAAAGAAAAUUCUGAAAAUUGUUGAUGAAAUGGAAAAUGUUCAAGGACUGCUGGCAGGAGAUUACAACAUUUUGGAUAAGUACAGUGUCAAAUUAGUUGAUGAAGAUGAUGGAGAAACGAAUAAAAGAAAAAUGAUUGGAGAAUAUGAUUUGAAAAUGUUAAAAAAUAUUUUAUUGUUCAGAGAAAAAAUAUCCCGAGAGUGUGAAAAUAAAUACAUUAAACAUUUACCAGAACUUUUUAAGAAAUGCUCAAAUUUGGAUGACCCCAAAUUAAGUAAAGCCAGGGAAAAGGUGAAAAAAGGAUUAGCAAGAAAUAAUGCAAGUAUUGAAGAUUUUGUGAUAAAUAUGUUAGAAGAUUUAUUUGAAAGAAUUAAUGAACAUUUUAUUAAUGACGAUUCAUUUGAUUUAAAUGAUUAUUUAGCCGAUUUUGAACUCAUUAAUUAUAUAAUUAUGCAAGAAACAUCAGAUUUGAUCAAUGAACUUUUGAACGUAUUAAAGUCCAUGAAUUUUAAUUUGGAAUCUGCAUCUUUGGAGAAAAUGGUUGAAUCUGCACAAUCAGGAAUGAACUUAAAUUGCAAAAUGAAGGAAGACAUAAUUCAGUUACUUCGAAAAUCCUCUGCCAAAUUUUUUAAAGUCGAAAUUGACAGAAAGACUAAGAUGGUAUACCCAGUACAAGUUACACACAAAAGUGCCAACAUGAAAGAAUUCGCCCUGAACUUCCUUCAGAAAAAUAAUGUAUGUGAACAUAAAAAGUGCCCAUUAAACUCCAACUGCUAUGUCAUAGAUGGAGAGGAAGUCUGCAGAUGUCUACCCGGAUUUAGCGACGUCAAAAUUGAUAAUGUGAUGAACUGCGUUAGGGAUGAUACCCUUGACUGUAACAACAACAACGGUGGUUGUGAUGUGAACGCAACAUGUACUCUUAUAGACAAGAAAAUUGUGUGUGAGUGUAAGGACAACUUUGAAGGAGAUGGAAUAUACUGCUCCUACGGCAUUUUUAACUCCAUCAACAGUUUCAUUUUCCUGAUCUUGUUGCUUUUGUGCUUGUACCUGUUUUAA